GAAAAGCCCAGUCCGAGUCGGCACGAGACGAGCCUCCCCAAAAAAUCCAACCUACCAGAGCUAGUCAAACAGAAUUCAGGCAUAUUUUAUCAAUAGCAUGCAAAGUAGCCAAUACAUAUAGAGGAAAGGAAGGGGAAAGGCGAUAAUGCUUUUGAACGUACUGAAAGUAUAGACAUAGAAGUCAAGUAGUAUCGAGAGUGAGUGCGUGCUUCAAUAUGGCCGAGAAAGCGAAGUUGACGAUGGAUGAGCAAUCCGAAAUCAAGGAACAAUUCACGCUGAUAGAUACUAAUAACGAUGGUUUCAUCGACAUCAAGGAACUCCGCGAGGCUUUGACCAAAUGCGGCUUCAAGUUGCCGGGAUGGCAAGUGCGCCAGAUGGAGGAAGAGUUCAAGAACAAGAAUCGUACCAACCAAGAGGGAAAACUCUCGUACGAUGAAUUCGAAAAACUCUGCAGCGACUUGAAAGCCAACGAAGUUGCCAGCAAGUUUAAGCAGGUGGUCACUCGCAGGGAAAACUUGCAACAUCUUGGUGGAACAUCCAAUGCCUCCAACGAAGGUACCACUCAUUCCGUUCGCGUUGAAGAGCAGCUUGCCUUCUCCGAUUGGAUCAACGCCAACCUAAAGAAGGACAAGGACCUUCAACAUUUAUUGCCAAUAGACUCUGAUGGCAAAUCUCUUUAUGACAAGGUCACAGACGGCAUCCUACUUUGCAAAGUAAUAAAUCACUCAUGCCCAGACACAAUCGAUGAGAGAACCAUCAAUAAGAAGAAUUUGACCCUAUAUACCAAAUUAGAGAAUUUAACUUUGGCGUUAUAUUCAUCGCAAGCUAUUGGCUGCAACGUUGUUAAUAUCGACGCCCAUAGCUUGUCCAAGGGUACACCGCAUCUGGUCCUUGGUCUGCUGUGGCAGAUUAUCCGCAUCGGUCUCUUUAAUCAGAUCUCUUUGGAGAACUGCCCAGGACUGACCGCUCUUCUUGCCGAUGAUGAGAAGAUAGAGGAUCUACUUAAGCUCUCUCCGGAAGCGAUUUUACUCAGAUGGGUAAACUACCAUAUGGAAAGGGCCGGCGUCAACCGUCGCGUGCACAACUUCACCAGCGACAUCGUCGACUCGGAAGUGUAUACACACUUACUCAAGCAGAUCGCCCCUCAAGACUCCGAUGUAAACACCGAAGCCCUUUACAUAAACAAUUUAGAAGAGCGUGCCGAACUCAUGUUGAAGCAGGCAGCUAAAUUGAAGUGUCGCUCAUUCGUCACACCCCAGGACGUCAUAAACGGAGUUUACAAGUUGAAUUUGGCCUUCGUUGCUAAUUUAUUCAACAACCAUCCUGCAUUGGAACAAACCAACGGCGUGCUCGAAGGAUAUGAGACCGUCGAAGAGACCAGAGAAGAAAAGACUUACAGAAACUGGAUCAAUUCGAUGGGCGUUUCACCUCACGUGAACUGGUUAUAUUCCGAUUUGGCCGAUGGGCUUGUCGUCUUCCAACUAUACGACAUCAUCAAACCAGGAAUUGUUAACUGGAACAAGGUCCACCGCAAAUUCUCCAACUUACGCAAGUUUAUGGAGAAAUUGGAAAACUGUAACUACGCCAUUGAACUUGGCAGAGAGAUCAAGUUCUCACUAGUUGGCAUCGCUGGUCAAGAUAUCCGCGAAGGCAACGUUACGUUGACCUUAGCUUUGAUCUGGCAGCUGAUGCGUGCUUACACUCUGUCCGUUUUGACCCAAUUGGCCAAGAGCGGAAAUCCCAUUGUUGAGAAAGAGAUCGUACAAUGGGUUAACAAGAAGCUUUCCGACGCCAACAAGAAGUCUUCCAUUAAGAGCUUCCAGGAUUCCAGUAUCGCUGAUGCCACCGUCGUCAUCGAUCUGAUUGACUCUAUUAAACCGGGUGCCAUCAACUAUGACUUAAUCAAGACCGGUGGAUCCGUUGAAGAUAACCUAGACAACGCAAAAUAUGCCAUCUCCAUGGCUCGCAAAAACGGUGCACGAGUUUACGCACUUCCAGAAGAUAUCACCGAGGUGAAACCCAAGAUGGUUAUGACCGUGUUUGCCUGCUUAAUGGCAUUGGACUACGUGCCCACCAUGGACAGCGCCCCAGAACAAUAGUAUUCAUCCCUAUAAACAUCAACAGAGCUUUCUACUUUAUUUAAACCACUACAUUGAUACAAUUAUAAUGAUUUUUUUUAUAUACAUUUAAACAAGAUUAUCAAAUCUGUGAUUGACAUUAUAUAAUACAUAUUCCAUUAGAUACUUAUACUUGUAACCUAUAUCAGGAAGCCACUAGUCCGAAUGAGUAUUUCGCGAUUGAAGGCACUUGAAAUAAAAGGAAAUCAACUAGUGAAUGCGCAAAAUAUUUGUGCAACGACUUGGGUUUAAUGUCGAUCAUA